CCCGUAGUUGUGAUGGGACUGGAAAUUGAGUAUUAUCCCGGAAUAAGACUACUUUCUGAACAAUUUCUUCUUGAGCGCCUCAGUAGAGCGAAUCGCCUCAGCAGCCAGGAAAGUCGGAGUGCCAGUGAGACUUUGUGUAACGUACCCAGUUCCGUGUUCUCUGCCGUAGCAUUCGUGAUUUCCAGCAUUGGAACUUUGGCUGGGUUCAUUCCCAAACGUUUCGCCGGCAUCGUCAUUGAGAGGCGCCAUUGUUACAGCUUAUCGAAGGGGGUUGCCUUCACUUGUCACUCUGUGCUUACGAUGGCGCCUCUCACUGACGAUACCGACUACGAUGCUGGCGAAACGUUUGGGAAUUAA